AAGAAAAAAAUCAUAUUUAAAAAAUCGUUGUGCAGUGUGAAGAACGUUUCGUGUGUGUAUCUACGAAAGGAAAAAGAAGAGAGAGGGAGAAAGGAAAAGAAAGAGAGAGGACAAUAACACGUUGGCCGAGAGCGCGGCUUUAUUGUGUCCGCUGCUCGCCCGUAUCGCAGACGUGGAGGUGUAAACACGGCAUUCGUGUUAUUGUCCUUUUGUUCUCGUAGCCGGUGAACGGAGGAAAGUACGCCAUGCCGAGCGCUGAAGAAACAACGUAUUUGAUCGAAGUAGUGCCAAACACGACGCAGGACUUCCUUUCCCGCGACGUAGACCUUCUUGUAUCGCAGAUUAAAGAGAAUCUUCGACUAUCCAGCUUGAAAGCUAAGUCCAGCAUUAGUCAUAAAAAUCGACCAUCGCCCUAUCAAAUACCAUCGAGAUCGUGGGCAGAUCCGAAUAGUUGCGAGAUAUGUGGUGCGAAGAAUACCGGCAGUCACGAUCAUCGUCAUCAUUUAAAUCAUCAUCAUCAUCAUCAUCAUCAUCAUCAUCAUCAUCAUAAAAGAUCCACUACGAGAGAUGAUGAUCCAUAUGAACUUCUACAAGAAUUGCUUAGAGAAGGUGGAUUAAUAAAAGAGGCUGUGAAGAGACUUCAAGCGAAUCUUGUUGAUUUGGAUAAUUCUGAAGAAGAAGAAGAUGACGAACAAUCAUCGAUAAUUUAUCAAAGAAAACCUUACUUCUAUGAUUCUGAAGAUGAACAAUUACCACCAGUGUGCGAGCCGCUUGAGCUGUGAAACUGAGUUAUUGUGUAACCGGCUUUGACCGGUAUAGGAUUUAAAGAAAAAUUCUUGGUGUACUUCACGACUAAGAGUGAAAAAGUUCAGAAAUCUUUAUUAACAGUCAUUUUCGUUCCUCGAUUUACCUCUUGAUGGUAUAUCGUGUGUAUAUAUGUGUGUACACGCGAAAAAGUGUUAUCAAGAACAUUUGCCCCCUAAGUGAAGCAUGUGUAGCUUGUAUCGAAAGAAAGUACAACGAGGUAAACAUAAUUAACCAAGAACUCGCCUUACAUGGUCGUGUUUGUAAAUAUGGUAUGUUGUUAUUCGAAGCAGUUUCACAGCUUCGUGUAACUUCGGCUAAGAUCGUCAGCAUAUCGACAAUCCACGAAGCUUACGUGGAAGACAUGGCUGCCUCGAUUCGAGCCCUCGAAUUCGAUUUACAUGACAACAAGGUUCAUCGUUUUUUUAAGCUACGAGUUCGUCCUUCUUAUAAAUAAAGAAAAAGAUAAAGAAGAGUUCCUGAAUAUUGCUCGUGUCCAGGGUAAUAAAAAAUGAAAUUCUGGAAUAGUGGUUGACGAUUACAAAACUGUUUAUAACAAUUUGUUUUUCUGUAGAAAUUUUCAAUUUUUCGUUUAUUUUGAUCAUUUUUUGUUUUUUUUUUAUAACUAUGCAAAUUAAUAAUGAUAGCAUACAGUUAAUACAAUGUAACUAAAAAAAGAAAACAUAAACAACAGUGUGAUCUAAUAUGAAUUGACAGCAUAAUAAUUCAGCAUAGUUAUUUAACGCUUAUUUAAUUCGUUUGUUACCUUUGUUAUAUGUAUAUAUUAUAGUUUUUUUAAUAGCGUGAAAUAUUGAAAAGAGCACGCGUAUGAACGAAAAGUAUCCUAUAAGAUAUAUUAGUUGAAAAUUUUGCUCGAUUUGUUCGGGCUAUUAUGGUCCAGUUACUAUUAGAAAAAUUAAUUAAAUGAAUUGUCUAAGAAAUCAAUCAACGAAUUAUAGAAACGCCUUUGCGCGCAGAAGCGUCGUAAUUCGAAGGAUAGUGAUCUCAUUUUUGUUUUAUUUUUUUUUCUGAACAACGAACAGAUUAUUUGAUUGAGAUAGGAUACCAUUUAUUAGUUCAAUAUAUAUAUAUGUAUACUUUCAAAUUAAGUUACACGCACACAAAUUAUCGCUAUUUUCGUGCGUUUCAAAGUAUUUAGCAGAUUUGGUUAAAAAAAAAUAAUAAACUGGCUUAGCAUAAAACACAAAUACACAAUGAAUUUGUUAUAUGAUUAACAACAUAAAGUAGGUUUACAUUCGCUUCACAUUAAGUAUAUAUAUAUAUAGUUAUUUUUCACUAUCGAUCGUUAGCGACAUAACAAAUGCUGUAUGCGCGUGUAAAUUUGUUGUACAUAUAUAUAUGCAUAUUGGGUGCACAUGGGUGUUCGGUUUAAUGAUAGAAUGUGAUUCAUUUUAAGAUAUCGGAACUGAUGAGAAGAAUUCGGGUAAAUAGAUUGUAGCAUGUUCUUUGCGAGAAGCCGACGAAAUGGAGGCGCAAAAUUACGUACUGUGUCAUGUUACGUAUUGUACAAAUGUUAACUAGUUCAUGACUACAAAUAUUGAGUUAGAUCACAGUUCUGAUGAACAUGUGAUAACGUAUAUGAAUGAAUGAAUGGGAAAUCAAUGCGUUUUUUCUUUUUAUGUCUAUAUGAAUGCAUAUGCAGUGAAUGAUUUGCGUAGGUAUGAAUGUGCAGAUAAUGAAAGAUUUGUCUUUAAAUUUACCGUUAAAGUGUAAAUUAAGGAAGCUAUAUACCUCGUUGUGAUGGUCGGACUUGUUAUCCGACGAACCUUAAUUAUGAAUAAACAAAUAAAAAAUUUCA